AUGGAAUCCCAAGAGCAAGAUGCCUUGGGCCUCGAGCAACCCAUGAAAUUGGGCAGGGUUUCUCGUAUCCCAAAAUUGACGGACGACUUGCUCUUCGACAACAUCAGAGGCCUCCCUCAAGUACGGAACAACUAUACAAAGCUUUCAGCGCUGCUCAAGAGAUUGGAUCGCGUGAAUGGCGACAAGAUCAAGAAGGCUGGCUCCAAAACUGCUGCGCGUCAACUAAAGCUUGCCUGUGCGACCGAAAAGCUCCAGAAAGUGGUCCUGUUCUACCAGUUAUGGUGCCAUGGUCUAUUUCCAAGAGCUACAUUCAAGGAUUGCAUUCAGAUGCUUCGGAACCAUAAGUCGUUUGCUCUCAAAGAAUAUAGAAGAGGGCUAAUAAGUAGUGAAAUCCAUCGUUUGAAGGUUGAGAAGGGUAUCAUUGCAGAAGACAAUCCAAGUGAGAAUGACCUUGACGACGAUGAACUAUACCUGGCGCCACAAUCGCUUGCUGCAGAAGAUGCAGCUACGACAGAGUCGAAUGGACAUUCAUCAGCUGAGCCAGUUCCUGCUGUAGAUGAUGAGGAUGAUUGGGGCUUCUUGUCUAUUCGCAGAACCAACCAGCUUUUUGUAGGGGACGACGAAGAAGAGGAUGAGCUGGGCUUGACUCAAAACCCUGUUAACAAGGCCAGUGGCCGAAAUAAGGUUCUCGAUGAUGACGAUGAUGACGACGAGCUUGACGAAUUAAACGAUGAUGAUGACGACUUCCAAAAGGUAAUUCUACAAUCACAGAAUCUUCAAACACAACAGAAUUUAGAGCCAGACCUAGCAGACUUCGAAGAGCAAGCAUCUGACCAUGAAAAUGAACUCGAGAUCAUGAGAGAGAUGGGAAUGUAA